CCAGAUAAUCACAACACAAAAUUAAACCGUGCUGUUUUCGUAAUAAUACCCAACAACUGGCGUCCAUUUCAACUAUCAUACGUUCGUUUUGCUGUUGAAUCUCUCGGUGUGCGCAUGCCAAAUGGCGUAGUGCAUGAGCAAUCGAGAGGAAGUGGCGGGUGAUCUGGGUCCGCACCUUUUCCGGUAACACAGCACCGCCACCGCUUUGACUGAACGACUGUAGAGAGAGGCAAGAGCGGGGAGAAUCAACCUGGGGACCGGGGGUUGCCGCAGUUGUAGGGAGAGAGAGAAGAGAGAGGAAGAGCGUAAAGUCGGAUGAAUCAAUUACCUUUUGAGCAUUCUAGACCUGGUUGUCCCCGGCGAAGAUACGACUGGGGGUGAUCUUAUUUGUCUCCGGUACAAUGAACUCCCGAAUAGAAUCGUUAUUUUGAAUCCGCCGAUUGGAAUAAGGGCAAGUGGACAGCCGGCAGACAAGGAGGAAGUCGGAACUACUACGGGGUUUAGAGAGGGCCUACUUUCUUAAACGCAACUAUUAGGCUAUAUUUUUGGUAUUUCUUUCUACAUUAUUGAAAACACCAAGGUACGCACCGGGACCUGAAAUUUAGAUUCGCUAAUCGUUUGAAUCAAAUAGACUGAAUUAUAGUGUUGUGGAUUAUGAAAAUAUUUCCCCACCCUCUCCCGGCACCUAGACGUCAAAUUCUCAACCACUUCAAUUUCCCUUUGCACACCUCUCAUAGUUCCUAUUUAUUUUCUGACAGCUGUUAAGGUAACGGAAUAUUUGUAUUUUUCAGUGAAUAAUUUUCCAUUGCUUGCCCGCCAUUCUAGACACGAGUAUCUGGAACAGUCGUUUGUAACUGCCACCGUCUUUAAAAAAAAGUAUACUUGUGUCAACCUACCACUGAUAGACUGUCACGUGGACGUCUGCUGUCAGGCAACCUGCUACCGCAAUAGAAACGAAACCUGUAACUUUUUUUUUUUAAAUAACGAUUUCUGCUCUCUUGAAAUCAUAGGGAAGCUAUUUAGAUUUUUUUUCUAAGGAAGUGGAUUGUUCAUGCACAGCCUACAAUAUGGGGAAAAUGCUCUCGAAGAUCUUUGGCAACAAGGAGAUGAGGAUAUUGAUGCUUGGACUUGAUGCUGCUGGCAAGACCACCAUCCUCUACAAACUAAAGCUGGGCCAGUCCGUCACCACCAUUCCCACUGUCGGCUUCAACGUUGAGACGGUAACCUACAAAAACGUGAAGUUCAACGUGUGGGACGUCGGGGGCCAGGACAAGAUCCGGCCGCUGUGGAGGCACUACUACACCGGCACCCAGGGCCUCAUCUUCGUGGUGGACUGUGCCGACAGGGACCGGAUAGACGAGGCCCGCCAGGAGCUCCACCGGAUCAUCAACGACCGGGAGAUGCGAGAUGCCAUCAUCCUGAUCUUCGCCAAUAAGCAGGACCUGCCCGACGCCAUGAAGCCCCAUGAGAUCCAGGAGAAGCUGGGCCUGACCCGGAUCAGGGAUAGGAAUUGGUACGUUCAGCCAUCGUGUGCUACCACCGGUGAUGGACUAUACGAGGGCCUGACCUGGCUCACCUCCAAUUACAAAUCUUAAUGUUCAUCACUUCUAUGUUCAGCCUGGACUGUUUAGUUACAACAAGCAAAAAAGAAUUGAAAUGAACAAGAGAUGGAAAAGAUUACAAGCUGAGGCAAUUAAUGAAUAAUAUGACUUCUCAGAUGAUUAAAUGAAAAGUUUGAUUAUACUUUUUUUCUUUUGAUAAUGACUUCCCUAUAACCCACAUUUUCUUUAUAAACAAAAAUACUAUUGUUUUGGCUGGCUUUUCUUUCAUAUUUUUUCCCGCUUUGGCUCUGUAAUAUACUUCGCUCACAUUCUUAUCACUCAAUACUUUGCUUUCAGAAGCUCUGAAAGAUGCGUAUUCACAAACAAAAUCUCUUGUAUGAUGUUUUGGGGGAUAGCAGGGUUCUAUAGAUACAUUAGACAGCCUUUUCAUACAGUAUUCUCAUGUCCCAACUUCCACCCAAAAGAUGGGAAAUGCCCCUUUGAGGACGUUACCCAUUCAUAUCUGUGCCGGAAACAAAGGGGCAGCAUCAGCAUAUCAGUUCAACUGCCACCAUGUUUUUUUUAAGGAUUAAGAUUGUGUAUUACGGACAUGUAAGGACCUUACGAAGAAGUACUUUUUUCACUGUUGAUUGGUUGUAUUAAAAAAAAAAUGAAGAAAAUGUUAGUGCGUAAUUCCUUAAACAGUGAUUCCAUCCAUGAUGUCUGCUAGGGAAGUUUUCUAAAAAGACACUAUAUGGAUGCUGGAAUAUAUGGAAACUGACAUGGAUGGAUAUUGUUGUAUUUGUGUUCUGUUUUCGGAUCAGAAUCUUUUACCACUGGUCUCGUUUUGCCUCUAUUCUUCCAAGCGCUUCCAUUUGCAGCUCUGGCUGGCUUUUGCGAAGCCCUGAGUUUAUAGGUGCACCAACAGACUGACAGCAUACUCAUAGCUGAGUCUGCACUAUAGGUGGGGGGGACUACCCUAUCCAUGAGAGGAUGGGAAGACACAUACUAUAGGCCCCUUGACAAAGUGCACACUUGACUCUUGACUGACUCUUGGACCCCAGUAAGCGUUUACUUUUCAGCCCACCAUACCACUUCAAUGGUGCUCUGCUCUCCAGUAACUGGGGCCUUCUGCGCUGCUCAUUCACAUCAGCUGUACAGCUCGUGUCAUGCAGUCAGACAAGACUGUACUUUCUGUUCAGUAUAGAUAAGAAAAUGCUUUGUUUAAUUUUUUUGUUCAAUUUGCUAUGCUGACUAAAUAAUAAAGAUAUCCAGAUCAACAUGGAAGUGGAGCUUUUUCAAUAUGAUGCCUUGUUGACUAACAUGUACAUGCUUAAACUAUUUGAAUGUCACAAAAGAGGAAGUAAAAUUUGGCUGUUAAAAAAA